GUAAGGAAGCGGAAGUGGAGCUGGGCUCCUCGGGAGGAUGUCUGGGGGGCUCUCUCGGGCUGGAGGGGCUCCGCGGGGCUUGACGAAGCGAGUCCUAGUGACCGGAGGCGCUGGCUUCAUUGCUUCCCAUGUGAUAGUUUCCCUUGUGGAAAAGUAUCCUAACUAUGUGAUCAUUAAUCUGGAUAAGCUGGACUACUGUGCAAGCUUAACAAAUCUUAAGACAGUUUCUGAGAAAGAGAACUACAAAUUUGUUCAGGGAGACAUCUGUGAACCCAAUUUCAUAAAAGAAUUAUUUGAGACAGAGAAAAUUGAUAUAGUGUUACAUUUUGCAGCUCAAACGCAUGUAGGUCUUUCAUUUUGGCACAAACUUGAGUUCAACUAUGUUAAUGUUUAUGGAACGUACAUUCUGCUUCGGGCUGCUCAUAAGGCUAAUGUGGAAAAGUUUGUAUAUGUCAGCACUGAUGAAGUUUAUGGAGGAAGUUGUGAUAAGGAAUUUGAUGAAUCUUCACCCAAACAACCUACAAAUCCUUAUGCAACGUCUAAGGCAGCGGCUGAAUGCUUUGUCCAAUCUUACUGGGAAAGAUACCAGUUUCCAGUGGUUAUCACACGGAGCAGCAACGUUUAUGGACCUCAUCAAUUUCCAGAAAAAGUUAUUCCUAAGUUCAUUUCUCUUUUACAGCAGAAUAGAAAAUGUUGCAUUCAUGGUUCAGGACUUCAGAAAAGAAAUUUUCUUUAUGCUAGUGAUGUAGCAGAAGCAUUCCUUACUGUUCUGAAGAAAGGGCAGCCAGGUGAAAUCUACAACAUUGGGACCAGUUUUGCUGUGUCUAUUACCCAGCUUGCGAAGGAAUUAAUCCAUCUUAUUAAAAAUACUAGUUCAGAAGCUGAAGUAGAACAUUGGAUGGAUUAUGUUAAAGACAGACCUACAAAUGACAUGGGAUACCCAAUGAAUUCUGGAAAAAUGUAUAGCUUGGGCUGGAAACCCAAGGUCUCCUGGAAGGAAGGAAUCAAGAAAACAAUUGAAUGGUAUCAAGAGAACUUCCACAAUUGGAAAAAUCCAGAAAAGGCUUUGGAACCAUUUCCUGUUGCUGGAGAAUCUGUAUGAAUUUGUUUGCCUCAGAGCUGAAAGGGACGGAAAGAAGAAAUCAUACUACCUCAACAUGUUAAGAAAAAAAAAUGGAGUGGUUGAAGAUGAAGGUGUAUUGUAUUCAAGAAACAAGAAGUAUCAGCAGAAUAAUAGAAUCAAAUUUUUGAAUUCCCAAUGGGGAAUUUGGGGCCAGAUUAAUUUUACAAACACUCCAGUACUGAAGCUUUAAAAUGACAUUUCAAGACAGUAACGUUUAUCCCUUUAAAAUUGCACUUUAAAGUUGCUCUUUUUUAUUGUUACAAUAUUGUAUUAUCAGUAUUAUUAAAAUUUAGUCAAUGUUUUAUACUUAAGGGGUAGGCAUUUUCUUCAUCAUGUUUACCAGAGGACUUUAGUAAUUAUUCAUUUUUAAAGUACUUCUCUGUGCUGAUACCUGAUGAUUCCAGAGCUGAAUUGAAAAGAUAGGAAUUUUUCUACUUGCUCAACAGAAAUUGAUUUAUGGACAAUGAAGUUAUAUUUUAACAGAAUAAAAAUAUAUUUCAA